CAAGUGCAAACCCACUCUCACUUGUACUUUUUCCUUUACUCUACUAAUGUUCAAAUUUAGAACUGAAGGCUACAAUGGCUAUUCCCUUCAGUGGAGCCCUUUUUUCGAGAACAAACUGGCCGUCGCAGGUUCAGCUAACUACGGCUUGGUCGGAAACGGUAGAUUAUUCAUAUUAGGAGUUGGCGUUGGACCCAACGGUGUAGCGGUGGAGAGAGUGUUUGAUACCCAAGAUGGUUUGUUCGAUGUUGCCUGGAGUGAGGCCAAUGAAAACCAACUAGUAACUGCAAGCGGCGAUGGAUCUUUGAAGCUGUGGGAUACAACACUCGCUGACUUUCCCAUACAAAAUUGGCAUGAGCAUCAACGAGAGGUGUUCUCAGUAGAUUGGAAUUUGAUUAGCAAGGAUAUGUUUGUCACUGGAUCUUGGGACCAUACUAUCAAAAUUUGGCGACCAGAAAUGCCUCGGUCUCUACAAACAUGGACUGAGCACACACACUGCGUCUACAGCACAGCAUGGUCCCCGUAUAACCCAUCGAUGUUUGCCUCCGCAUCGGGAGACCAAACGGUAAAGAUCUGGGAUAUUAAGAGCCCGCGAUCUAUGCAAACCAUACAUGCACAUACCAAUGAGAUUCUGUCUGUGGAUUGGAAUAAGUACCAGGACAACACAAUUGUUACUGGAUCAGUGGACCAUACAAUCAAGGUUUGGGAUUUACGACGACCUGAUCGAGAAGUUAUUUGCCUACCCGGCCACGAAUAUGCCGUACGCCGAGUAAAGUGCUCACCGCACAAAGGAAAUAUCAUUGCAAGUGCAAGUUAUGACAUGAGUGUCAGAGUAUGGGAUAUGGCUGCACCGGUUCCUAUGGUAGAACUCCAUGAUGCACAUACUGAGUUUGUUCUCGGAGUUGAUUUCAAUUUGUAUGUCGAAGGACAAAUUGCAACCUGUGCCUGGGAUGAAAAUGUGCAUAUCAUGACCCUUCCUUCGCUGUUACGCCGAUAAUUUACUCCUCGGUUAUUUUGUUUUUUACGUGUAUUAUAAAAUGUAUGCGUAAAGGUGUUUAGACGAAUUGAAAUAUUGUACAAAUGAGAUUAAUUAAAAUGCUGUAUGCUGAUACAUUAUUCGA